AUGAGUGUUCUCUAUCUGCUGAUAACUGCGACCUACACUCAAACUGCACGAAUAUUGAUGGAUCUUUCUCGUGCACUUGUAAAAAUGGAUAUUCUGGAAAUGGAACUCUGUGUCAAGGUAAAUAAAAGUCGCAAUUUUUUAACAUAGCACUAGCUAUGUUGCAUAGCACAUUUAAUCUCUUUCACAAAAGAAAAAUAUUUAUAUCUUCGUAGUGUUUUAACGCCACUGCUUUUAUAUUUCUGUAGACGUUGAUGAAUGUUAUUCGUCAAUUGACAAUUGUCAUAAAAACUCAAUAUGCACCAACAAUGGUGGAUCUUUCUUCUGUACUUGUAGGAGUGGAUAUGCUGGAAAUGGAAUUGUUUGCGAAGGUAUGUACAGGAGGUGAUGAAGACUUAGAAAAUCAUUGCAGUAGGAAGGACAUAACCUCAGCCAAAAUGAUCGCAUGA